AGAGCAUCUGAGCUUCAGAGUUCCUAUCAGGUUUCUUUGCAAGGAAAUAGACCAGCAGCUUCAAGCAACUGCAGUUCUGUCAUACCUUCAUGAUGUUUCCCUUGGUCAGAAAUGCACUAAGUAGUCUCAGGAUUCGAAGCAUUCAGCAAAUUAGGGCAAGACAGAGCCACUCAAAACACUCACCAGAUUUUCAUGACAAAUAUGGUGAUAUUCUGCUAGCCAGCGGAACCGCUUUCUGUGUUGCUGUGUGGGUGUUUACAGCCACACAGGUUGGAAUAGAAUGGAACCCCUCCCCUGUUGGCAGAGCCACCCCAAAAGAGUGGAAUGAUGAGUAA